UGCACCAGAAGCAAAGCAAGGGUAGCGGGGAGCAGGCGGGCGCGCGCGCUUGUGCCUGGCGAAGGGAGGACGGCAGUGGGCGAGGAGAGCGCGCGGGGCCUCUUGCCUUGUGCAGGCACAACGCUGGCUCCGCCACCAGCAAGUCAGAGCAGGAGGGAGCUGAACCAGGCAGCGCCAUGGAGGAGCUGAGCAGCGUGGGAGAGCAGGUCUUCGCCGCCGAGUGCAUCCUCAGCAAGCGGCUCCGCAAGGGCAAGCUGGAGUAUCUGGUGAAGUGGCGAGGCUGGUCUUCCAAGCACAACAGCUGGGAACCUGAGGAGAACAUUCUUGAUCCCCGGCUUCUCUUGGCCUUUCAGAAGAAGGAACACGAAAAAGAGGUGCAGAAUAGGAAAAGGGGCAAAAGACCCAGAGGCAGACCCAGGAAAAAUAUUGAACCUGAGGUGCCUCCAAAGAGCAAAUCCAGCAGCUCCUCCUCCUCAACUACCUCCACAUCAUCUUCUUCUGAUGAAGAGGAUGAAAGUGACCUUGAGACAAAGAGAGCUCAGCGGAGCAGAGAGAGUCACCCAGUGCCUCAAAAGAAAGCUCAGAUUCUGGUUGCCAAACCUGAGAAUAAAGACCCUGUUAGGAAGAAGCGUGGGCGGAAGCCACUGCCUCCAGAGCAGAAGGCAGCAAAGAGGACUGUCAACCUAACGAAGGUGCUGAAAGCCGGUCGGAAGGAGCUAGGAGGGGGAGGAGGAGGAGGAACCAAAUUAAUGGGCAAGAUGCAGCCUCAACACAAUGCUCAGAGUUCGGGCAUUGCUAUGCUUAAAUCUCACAUGAAGGAAGCCCAAGGCACAUUUGGUGGGUUUUGUUCUGGUGCCUCGUCCACGGACAACCUCUCCAGUGUUGUGAAAGGUACCUCGCCUGGAAGCCCAAACUGUGGCAUCAGUUGGCAGAGCUCCAUUGUGCAUUACAUGAGCAGGAUGUCACAGAACCAGAGCUCAGCAGAGGCCUCUGCUGUGGGGAGACUGACUCUCAAAUCAGCCAUGUCCUGCAAGAGUAGCCUAGGGCUGGAUUUAAAACUGAAAAACCAGAAAAGUGCUGGGGAUCUGGAGUUAAGCGUGCAAGGCUCCAAAGUGGCCAAGAGACCUGGUGGCAGUGCACUGGGGGAACAGAAAACGGGCUUUGGUGCUGGUGCUCAGAACUUGCACAACGGUAGCAAGGUUCCUGCCGGCUCUCCCGGCAGCCAGCCAGCUUCCAACCAGGAGCUCAGUCUUCAAGCUUUAAAUCUGCAGAGUGUGAAUAAUGGGCCAAAUUCCACAGGCAGUAGUAACCUUCCUCGUCACAGUUGUGGGACUGUGGCCAAAAGUGCUGGCAGCAAUCUAGCUAUGAACACUGGUAUGGCCAAGGGCAGUGGGCCAAAUUCUGUGAGUGCAGGGACACCGUUAGCAGACGCAGAUUCUCGUAAAAGUGAGAAGCCAGCACAAAGAACUACCACUGGUGAGAGAGAUUUGGCAGCAAAAAGCAGCACCGCGUGUGCACAGGAAGGAUGUCCCACAGCAGAGAAUCACAAGACCUCAGCCCUAUCAGAAAUGAGCACCGGGGAAGAGGAGACAAGCUCUGAUUCUGACAGAGAUUCUGCUUCUUUCCCUGGAGCAGGCCAGAACAUGUCUGUCUCCAUCCAGACUAGCCAGGACUGGAAGCCCACUCGCAGCCUCAUUGAACACGUCUUUGUCACAGAUGUGACAGCAAACCUGAUCACAGUGACUGUCAAGGAAUCGCCAACCAGUGUUGGGUUUUUUAAUCUUAGACAUUAUUAAUCUUUGAGGCAUGCAGGGGAAUGUAAUUAUAUGUACACACACACACACCACCCAUCUCAUUGACUCUACCUGCUUGUUGUCUUGGAUGCCAGAAGGGGAGAGAGAACCCAGCUGCUACUGCCCUUUAUAAGCUAUAUAUUACUAAGCAGUGAUCCUGCACUGAGAGGUUCUGUUGCUCUCUGUGGAAGCUCCCUGAAGCCUGUCAAGAGCUUUUCUGGGAGCAAAGUUCUGAUGCAGCUGCCCAAAAUGUGUUUGGACAGGGUUGCAGACUCUGUUUUUUCCUGACAAGGAUUGGCUUUAGUUGUUCAAAUCAGCCAAUAUAAAGAAGGUUAGGUGAAGGCUACUCGCCCAGGUUUUUCUGUGCUUGGACCUGUUAGCUUUCUGGUUUGAAAUAGAAGAGAAUUGGGUGUCCAGUUUCCUGUUAAGUUGUAGAGAAACGUAUAGUACAAUAACAGUGUGUUUCCCCAAGGAAGAUGAUUCCUUAUUCCUCCACCAAACAAAGAAGACUGGACUUGUGUGAGCUUCUGAGACAGUAAAACCCCAAUCUAAACUUGAAGAGGGGAGGGUAACACCUUUGCAUUUAGUAGGCUGCAAAAGAGGGAUUUGAAAUGAGAAUAUUGUUUACAUUUCCUUAAGUCUGCCUUGCUUUGGAAGAUGAAGGGGAAGGUACAGAAUAUGGCAUUGCCCUAAGAGCUUUGGGAUUGGGCGCUAUUGGUUGUAAUGUCAAGCAGGUUGUGUGCUAUUUCAGGUUGAGCAUGGGCCCCUAGAAGCACUAGCUCUAUAUUAACCCUUAUCCAAAACUCUGCAAGAAAGCAUCUGCAAAAACAGUCUUGGAGUGCUCCAGAAGAGUCUGUCCGUAAUGCAGUACCAUUUUUUAAUCUGCUGGGCACCAGUAUGCACUCAGUUUGACAUCCAGCCUCCCUUUCCUUAUUAGUGCGCACAUGUGUGCCUGUGUGUGUUCACACAUAUAUGUUACAAGGGAUUCUUCACACAUUAGAAAUUGCCUACACAGAAGUUACUUCUGUGGAAGAAAUACGAUGCAACCUGCACGUAAAUCUUUUCGCCCCUUUCUGAGUUCAGUUGUGGCUUCCCAGGAUAUGUGUAUGGAAUCACCAUUGCACAUGUGCAGCUUUAAUUUGAGAUAAAUAUUCAGAUUGUACAGUAUUUCUUACACAGAAAUAUUUUCCAUAUAGGAAUUUUGUAGUGCAGCCCUGAGGUUUUAAUGAGGUGAAGGGUGAUUCCUGCAUGCACAGACUCCAAAUAUUGUGGAGCUGCCUAGUCCCUUUGUUCAUACUUUGUGCACACCAUCAAAACAGAACAUUUCCAAGAGAUGGUGAAUUGAUCUUGGGAGCAGAGAUGGACCUAAAUGAGUCCCCAGUUUGUAGAGUGAUUGGAACAGAAUGCUGCUGACCUGUGCUGGCCAAACUGAGUUGAGGACCUUUAGUAUUUAGGGGACAGAUCCUCAGGACCUCUUAUCAGACAGAUCCUAAGUGACAUACCCUUACUUUUACAACUUAGCCACAAACACUGUGUGUAAGUAACAUUCUAAUGGGCAGAUCCAUUUCAUUUUCUCCUUCCGUGUUUGGGACUACACCUUGGUGUUUCAUCUCAAGGCCACAUAAUACCAGCCUUCAUAUGCAAUGGGGAUUAAACGUUCUGGUCUGCAUGGUUUGUAGCUGCAGUAGACAUUUGGUACCAGUGUGUGAAACCAGAGAGAGAACAAGCUGGAGAGCAGCUUGAUACCAAAAUUUGUGUUGGGCUUGGACUUAACUGAAAUCAGACUGAUUCAAUAUGAUGAUGCCACAAUAAAUGUCUCCUGUGGGCCAAAACUUAUGCUCAAAGGUUUAGGCUAGCACUAAGUAGCAAAUUUAGCUCUUUCCAGAUUUGAUUCUGUUCCUGCUGACUUACCAGGACUUCAGUGUACUCCUAGGAUGAGUCCCCAAGUCCAUAACAUGCUUGCAGAGGGAUACUUUGCUGCCACAUGAGCACCUAGAAAUGGCCAUUGGACUCUGAAAGAAACUUGUUUGUCACACACCAAGGCCACCUUCUAAAAGAGGGCAUAGGAGGAAGGGAUCAACUAGGAAUGGAAGUUAUGCAGGUAAUAGUAGCUUUUGGGUCAUAAAUUCUGCAAAAAAAUGCUGUUGAAUAUAUUGCUGUAUUUGAUCAUGCCCUCUUGGCAGUGGCUUAUUUGUUUGCCUUGGUAUGUUGCACUGUCAUGGGAAUGGCAGCCUUGGUUGGGACAGAGAGUGGAUUAUUCAUUCCUAAACCCUGAAUAUUCUAGAGAUGGAAGGGCAAGUUUCUGUGUAGCCUUCACAAUUACAGGGUGCAUCUGUUUGUAGGAGAUGCUCCAUGACAAUUAGUGUCAGGCCUGUUUGUCCUGAAUGUAGAACAGGUUGGUAGUAUGCAUGUCUUAGUAUGACCCUAAGACUAGCUUGCAAGCUUUUGAACUGUUCUGAUGGGAACCCUGUCCCACUUUUCUUUUUAAAUAGUGGCUUUGCCUGCCGGUUUCAUGUUCUCUGUUAUAUUACACUCUAGGAGUUCAUAUGGUGAUAGGAUAAACAAGGAUGAGAAAAGAGAGAAGCUGUAAACUCAAAUGGCUAAGAUGUUGCUCUCAUUUAUGCAAACAGGAGCAACUCUAAUGGAUGUAGAAGUGCAUCUGUCCACCUAAAGUGGUGAUCCUAAGCUUGCUUGCUUUAGAAGUGAAUUCCAUUGAAAUGGGAUUUUCUUCCAAAUAGCUGUAUUAACAGCUGGGGUGCAAGUUUCCAAUGAUGCACUAAGUGGCAUGUUUGAGAGCAGCUUUGAUUUAUUUAUUUUUUAAGUACUGCUUCUCAUGCUGUUCUCCUGCAUGUUUGUUGAGCAAGGUGAUGGAAGUUGAUUUAGGCUUUUCCACAGGGUUUUCCAGCUUGUGGUUCUCAGGAUGUUGCUAACUCCAACUCCCAUCACCCCCAGCUAUAAUUUCCUGUGGCUGGAGUUGAUGGGAGUUGUAGUUCAGCAACAGCUGGAAUACCACAGGUUAGGAACCCCUAAGCUCACAUGGCAGCUACUGCUGUUUUUACCCUGAGUCCUCUGGAGCCACAUGAGGGUUAACAAGCAUGGUCUUGUUUUUUCUUUUGAACAAAGCACCCAUCUUUCCCUUUCAAAGUGCCAAAAUAAUGUGUUUGCUUCUGUCUUUAUCUGGUUUAAGAUUGAUUAAUGAAGUUUCUGUUUAGAAGACUGAAAGACAUCCAUGAGCAAAUCAGAACCUUUUGGCACAGCCUAGCUCAGUUCAGGCUUGGUGUUCUAGAUGCUGUUGGAGUGCUUGGUGUUCUUUGUCAUAGAGUUGGCAGGUUCUACAUCUGUAGCAGUGAAAAGUGAUCUAGAAACUUGGACUGCAGUGCCUGCUACCUCACUGCCUUUGUUGUGCAUCAAACGUUCACAUAUUUGGCCUUUCUGAAUCUAAAUUCCCUUUAACUUCUAGAGUAUGCCCUUUGGAGCAGUGUGUUUGCUGGCAUGUGUCUGAUGUUUUGCCAGGAUCAGGUAGCUAUUGAAGUCCUAAUGGAGCGCCAAGGUCCUGGAGCAUUGUACUAUGUUAACGUUUAUGCUAAAUAGACCUGUUCUGCUAAUGGAGGUGACAGCUGUCUGCUAGAGACACAUGCCACCCUCUCGCUUUGCUUAGGCCAUCUUUUCACAAGUAAAGGAGGUCUUGUGCUGGGAUGGUUUCCAAUGAGUUUGAUAUGAUCUGAAGCUCAUUAGAGGUAAGGGGUCCAUUAGUACCGCUGAGAUUUCAUGAACAGGAACUAGCUUUGCUUCUACCCAGAAAGCCCACUGUUACAUAUUAUUCUCCUAGAUACCCUAACUAUUUUGUGUGUAUAUACCCAUUACAUUAAGCUUGCAGCAUUGUGGCUUACAUCAGUAUAUAUUCAGUUUUGCCCUACUGCUUCCAGUCUUGUAUUGUUCUCACUUCUGCCAGGUGCCUAACCUGUAUGUCUAUUCCUUUUCUAGGUAAGCUGCUUUUCUGUCUGUAAUUUUAAUGUAUAGCAGCUUCUCCUCACCAAGGGGUACUUCUGCCCUUCAAACCUCUGUACAAUUUCCUUGGGAUUCUUGACUUUGCUCUUCAGUCAGUGCCAUUGGAUAUAGGCUUCUUUAUACUCCACAACUUGCUUGGAAAACUGAAGGUUGCUUUCCCUUUCUUUCUCUUCAAAGCUCUAAUGCUGUGCCUUUCUGUUAACCAGCUAUUUCAAUUCCAAAGUCUAUAAUCUUAAAAACACCUCAACUAACUAAUAAGGUGAUCCACUCUUCUGAUUAAUGCUUGAUGUGCAAGUGAGUGAAAGAUUUAAAAAAAGAAAAAUUAGCAUCUCAUUGACAAACUGCAUUCGAAUUCACAGUUUAAGCUUAAUCUGUCAUGGACAAAUGGUUCAAAUUGGUGCUAUCCAUGUUUAUUAGUUGAUAAAACUAGCAUUCAAAGCAUACAUUUCAUAUAUUUUUCUUAAGUUUGCUGCUGUAUGUCAGAGUGUCUUUUAGUUGUAUGACAAACUGCUGUUUCAAGUUUUGUCACUUGAGAAACACCUUUAAAAUUAAUAGUGCUGCAGUAUUUGUAUAUCAAAUGGAUUUUUUUUAUUUUGGUCCUGAGACAAUUAAGUUGCUCUCUUAAAUUUAUUGGAAUGCUCAGUUUAGACCAUUUGCUUAGAAGUAAAUAUGUACAGUGCCAAAAAAAACCCCAACAGAUAUACUUCAGAUUGUGUUUUUGUUCUGAUACUCCAAUACUACUACAAAUACUGUUCAGUGUACUCAAUUUUGAGUUCAAGAGAAUUGGCUUUCACAAGAAGGAAACUUGUGAGAAUUGGUUCAGUGCUUCUUGUAAUGUGUGUCAAUCACUGUGUGCUUAAUUUUUUAAAAACCAAAUAGUUCCGUAUGACAUUUUCUAAUUGCUUUAACUAGAGCUGUUUCUUUGCUUUUAUGCUAAGAGAACAAAAGUUGGAGAUGUUAUUACCCUGGGAAAGCUUUAGGUUCUUUGUUAGAGUGGGACAGCCUUUCCAGCCAGAAUAUUAAAUAAGGCUGAAAGCAAUGUCUGCCCAUUGAUCUUGCUGUGGGUUCACUGCUGCGUUUGUGGUUUGUUUGCUUGACCCUGGCUGGCUGGCUGGCUUGCUUCUCUUGUGUGAUGUCUAUCUUCCACUAUUCCUUGGCCAUUAACACUAGUUUAGACUUGAGAUUGCUAGACUGUCUUUUUUUAAAAUUAUUUUGCAGGUUAAAAAAAAAAAACUUCUAGAAGAUGAUAUGCUGGACAAUUUUUGUAUAACUGUUUCAAUUCAUGGUUUUAGUAUCAAUAAAUAUUUUUUUAACUUUCCA